UGUCAGAGAGCAUCCGCCUCGCGGGAGCUGCGUGAGGAGCGGGAGUGGCCGGGCCUGCCUUCCGCGCUUGAGUGAGUGCCCAGUGAUGGCGAUGGUGAUGGCGGCAGUUGCUCGGACAGCCCCAGUUAAGCUGCGCCCGGAGAGAUUCAUCCAGAAAGCGCCCAGAAGAAUCUUCCUGUCAGAAAAGCUAAAAAUGCGGUAUUUAUAACACUGGGAGUUUUAAGUAAUUUGUUUAAAAUGGCUGAAAACAAUAGUAAAAACGUAGAUGUCCGGCCUAAAACAGGCCGCAGUAGAAGCGCUGACCGAAAGGAUGGCUAUGUGUGGAGUGGAAGGAAGCUGUCCUGGUCCGGAAAGACGGAGAGCUGUUCUGAGUGGGAGACCAUAGAUCCUGAAGAAAAAGCCAGAGCUCCUCGACGGAGCCAAGAAAGGGACAGCUGCUCGCCCAUUGACUUGGACUUAGACAAUUCCUGUGGGCAUAGAUUUUUAGGCCGGUCCCUUAAACAGAAGCUGCAGGAUGCUGUGGGGCAGUGUUUUCCAAUAAAGAACUGCAGCGGUCGGCACUCUACAGGGCUUCCAUCUAAAAGGAAAAUUCAUAUCGGUGAGCUCAUGCUAGACAAGUGCCCGUUCCCACCUCCAUCAGAUUUAGCCUUUAGGUGGCAUUUUAUUAAACGACAUACUGGUCCUGUAGGUCCAAAAUCAGAUGAAUGGGUGAGCACAGACUUACCUGGGAGUAAACUGAGGGAUGCUCAGCUAAAACGAAGAAACAUGGAAGAAGACAUGCCCUGUUUCUCACAUACCAGUGUUCAGCCUUGUGUCAUAACUACCAACAGUGCUUCGUGUAGAGAUGGUCACAUAACUGGCUCUUUGAUGAACUUGGUCACAAAUGACAGCAUUGAAGAUAGUGAUAUGGAUUCAGAAGAUGAGAUCAUAACACUGUGCACAAGCUCCAGAAAAAGAAACAAGCCCAGGUGGGAAAUGGAUGAUGCAAUCCUGCAGUUGGAGGCACCUCCCAAGCACCACCCCCAGCUGGAUUACGUUCACUGCCUUGUACCAGACCUCCUUCAGAUCAGCAACAACCCGUGCUACUGGGGCGUUAUGGACAAAUACGCAGCCGAAGCUCUGCUGGAAGGAAAGCCAGAGGGCACCUUUUUACUUCGAGACUCAGCACAGGAAGAUUACCUAUUCUCCGUUAGUUUUAGACGCUAUAGUCGUUCUCUUCAUGCUAGAAUUGAACAGUGGAAUCACAACUUUAGCUUCGAUGCCCACGAUCCAUGUGUCUUCCAUUCUCCUGACAUUACCGGGCUCCUAGAGCAUUAUAAGGACCCAAGUGCCUGUAUGUUCUUUGAACCACUCUUAUCCACUCCACUAAUCCGGACUUUCCCCUUCUCCUUGCAGCAUAUCUGCAGAACAGUUAUUUGUAAUUGUACAACUUAUGAUGGCAUCGAUGCCCUUCCAAUUCCUUCUCCUAUGAAACUGUAUCUGAAGGAAUACCAUUACAAGUCCAAAGUUAGGUUACUCAGGAUUGGUGUGCCCGAGCAGCAGUGACGGGAAAGGCUAGGAGUGUGGACUUGCAGGUGGAUUUUCAUUUAUUCUUAUUUUUCUUAUGCCUCUUUGAAUUUUUCUACAAAGGCAGUUAGAAUCCAAAAUAAAACUGCCCUAAAUUUUAAUUCCAGAUUAGUUUAUUUUCUUAUGAUACACUUGUUAUAUAUUUUUAAGCGGGUGUUUUUUUUUUUU